ACAGUGGAUAAAGGAUUCGAAUGCCAGGCAACUAGUCCAUGAUUUUGUACAUUUACAGAACAGUAGGACUUGUUGGGAGAUUACAGUAGUAACUUGCAAACAUUAUACUGCAAAUGUUAAUGCAGUCCAAUACAACGUUAUAGAAUUUAGACUUAAAGCUUACAAAUGGAAGCCUAUUACUUGCCUGAAAGUAUACUAAAGACCAUUAUAAAUGUGUGGUCUUUAGCAUGUUAGCAGCCAACCAUGAGUCGGAAAUUAAAAGUGUAUGUUCAGCCGAUGCAAAGGAGUAACCAGCCUUCAGAUAUGUCCCUGUCAUUACCCCCAGCCCAGGAGAAGGGCAAUUUAGUGUCAAAGCAGUCAAAACGAGAGCUUACUGCACCGUUUAUUGCAAGAAUGAGUCAGAAAGACUGUGUUCAUAGGUCGCUACAAGGUGAGACAGUCAAGUUUGGGAGUAAUAAAACACAACCACUACAAAUUACGAGUAUGCUGACCACAAGUAAAUUAACAACCAGCAAUGAGAAGCAUCAGACAACUAACUUGCCCCUAGCUUCAACAAGUACAACAUUCCCACAACUCUCUCUUGGACAGAAAAACAGCAAUAUUGAAAGCCUACCACAACUGUCAAAUACCCAUGGAAAUAUUGUAACCAGCCAAAAACAAAUAAACGAUCCCCUCCGAUUAACCAAGCACCAUACAACUUUUGAUUUUAAGAAGGAUGCAAAGUCUGACAAAGUGAAAACAGAUCCUAAUGGUUACUCUCUUCCUCUGUCUCCCACCGAGUGUCUAGCACGAUACAGGGAUAAGCUGACAGCAUUUGAGCAGGCUGAGUUACAAGACUAUCAUGAAGUAUGGUUCCUAGGCUUAGAUGCUAAGAAAGUAGAGGGUAUCCAGGGUGCUUCCAACAACAAUGGUUAUGAUGAUGAGAAUGGAUCAUAUAUAAAGGUACUACAUGAUCACCUGGUAUAUAGGUAUGAAGUUCUUGAGGUGAUUGGUAAAGGGUCAUUUGGCCAAGUGGUAAAGGCUUUAGACUACAAAACUGGCCAAGUCAUAGCUGUCAAGAUAAUACGCAACAAGAAGAGGUUUCAUCAUCAAGCUCUGAUUGAAGUAAAAAUUCUUGAUGCACUAAGAAGAAAAGACAAAGACAACUCACACAAUGUUAUCCACAUGUCGGAUUAUUUCUACUUUAGGAACCACCUGUGUAUAACCUUCGAACUAUUGGGAAUGAAUCUUUAUGAAUUGAUUAAAAAGAACAACUUUCAAGGUUUUAGUAUCGCAUUGAUAAGAAGAUUUGCAACAGCGUUGUUACAAUGCUUGAGAAUGCUGCAGCGAGAACGUAUUAUUCACUGCGACCUUAAGCCUGAGAAUAUACUCUUAAGACAGAAAGGUCAGAGUUCAAUUAAGGUUAUUGAUUUUGGUUCAAGUUGUUACGAGCAUCAAAGAGUGUACACCUACAUCCAGUCUAGAUUUUACCGGUCUCCAGAGGUGAUUCUCGGCUUGACGUAUGGUUUACCCAUUGAUAUGUGGAGCCUUGGGUGUAUUUUGGCUGAGCUGUAUACUGGAUACCCUCUGUUCCCAGGUGAAAAUGAAGUUGAACAGUUGGCUUGUAUUAUGGAGAUCCUUGGUCUCCCACCAAGUCAUCUAACAGCAGAAGCACACCGGAAAAGAUUGUUCUUUGAUUCUAAAGGUAAUCCAAGAUGUAUAACAAACAGCAAAGGGAAGAAACGCCGACCUAACUCUAAGGAUCUUACCUAUGCCAUCAAGACAACAGAUACUCACUUCUUGGACUUUAUACGUAAAUGCCUUAUAUGGGAUCCGGAGAAGAGAAUGACACCUGACCAGGCCAUGAAACACGAAUGGAUUCUGGAAGGGCGUACCCACCGCAAGACCAAACCAGCCUCUCAGCCAUUCUCAAAAACUAACUCGGGCUCCGUCCUAACCUCAUUACCAAAAGCAAAGACAGAAAUUGACAUCAAAAUGUACUCUACUAGACAAAAACAGCAUACUGAAAAACACAGUGCUAAACACAGUGCAAAGGUCAGGGAGAAAAACAAAUCAAACGCCGCAGACGCACCUGACAAGCCUGUCAACAAAGUAAAACCAAUGUUUGUAGAUGAAAACAAAAACAAUUUGACAAAAAUUAGCAACAAAGCCAGCAAGCCAAGCCUGGCGAACAGCAGCAGGCAAGUAGAUGACAGUGAAAUGCAGUCAGAAGAGAAGGAGAAAACUGAUGAGGGCACUGUUAAUUCUCAAUUUCUACCACCAAUCGUCUAGCCAGUUGGCUGUAGUGAUAGGUAGCUACUGCAACUUCACUAGGUUCAUUCAAUAGUACUGUAUCUGUCUAAAAUUUUACACUAAGGUAAAGGUAUGAUGAUGAUGAUAAUGGUGUAAUAGAAUAAUAAAAUAACAAUCAACAAUAACAACAAUAAUAUUAUUGAUAAUAACAAUGUACUAGUUAUAUCAAUAAUGACGAUAUGGUGAGGAUGAUGAAAAUAGUUAUUCAUGAUGAUUGUGAGCUAAUUGAAAAUGAUAAUAACAAUAAUGAUUAUUAUAUAAAAGCAAUCGAACCAGAAGUGAAGUGUUAGCAUUCUCUUUUGUUAACAGUAGUAUUUAAUCUACCAUAUUCUAAUAAAAUAUUUAAAAAGUUUAUUUUUAUUAUUAUGCAAAAAUAACCAUCCGUCCAAACAUAUCACAUUCUUCAUGAUUUGGUUUACUAACCAUUCACAUUCCAGAGUUUUUAUACCAAAGGUAUAUAUGCUAGAUUAUUUAUGCAUUCAAAUAAGAGUCUGUGUAGAUAUUGUAUAUAAAAUAACAUGUACAUGAAUUAAAUUUUAUUUCCAAAUGCCACUAUCCAUUAUAUUUUGGAAGACAAAAGAGUUUUAGAAAUUGUUUGUAAAGGUUAUAUUGAAUUGAUUGAAUUAUAUAAUAAUAAUAUUGGUGGGGAUGUUAGGAGUACCACUAGCACAGUAGUGUUUUAAGAUUUGCACUUAAGUGCAUAUUACAGUAAUGUAAUAAAAGUUUGAGUAUACAAGUUGGAUCCAACCCAUCAGUUUAUACAAAGAUAACUGUAGUGCUAACUAGACUAGACAUCAAAAGCAUGUGUAUUUUUGCCCCCAAAAAGGGUUAGAUACUGGCGCAAGAGCGCCACUGUGCUAGGUGGCUAACACAGUUCCAUAUGAUGUUACUCUGCAUUGGUAAAUAAUCUGAUUUUUAUUUUAAGUGAAUAGCUUAAAAAAACUUUCAUGGUUUCCCAGAUUUUUUCUGCAGAACCUAUCCAUGUGUUUUUUUUUUAAAUAUUCAUGUUAGAACAUGGAAAAAAAAAUAAAGAAAUGGAGCCUAGGCUAAAAGACUAACAUGGUUACGCUACAUGGUUGUAUUCAUCAUAUGCAUUCCAAUUAACUGUUUUGAAGCCAGUGCAAAUUAAGUGUUAGUCAACAUUAAUAAUGCGGUGAAGUUUCUUAAUGACUAGAGUGUAUCUUUUCGGAGUUACUGUCUUUUUGUUUUGUGUGGGAUAUCUUGUCCAUACUAUGAUACAUCAGUGGGGGUGGAGGGGGCUCUAGAAAUUUGCAAACAGGUUAUUUAAUAAGUCCAAUAGAGGAGUCAAAGCCAAGGGCCAUCUAGGGUCUCCCUUCAGGAUAUCAGAUGAAGAUACAGGGGAGAGAAAUGCUGAUGGAUUUACUGUGCAAUUGGGCUUUGCUAACUGCCUACUAUGCAACUGAAUAAUUUGGGCGGUAUGAAUUAAUUGAAGUCCAAGACUAAUGCAUUGCUAAUUAACACAUUUUAUUUUUCAAAUAAUUUUGAAUAUUAAGGUAGAAUAUUUAAGUUUUAAUUAAUUUAAGGCAUAUUCUAAAUCUUGGUUGCCACAGUACAGUGGUUAUAUAAUUUACUAUACAAGUUUAUGUUUAAGAAUUUAUACAAUUUGCUGUUGAUGACACUUAUUUUUAUCACAUAUUAUUUUUACACAAUUGUGAAGAAGGUUAGUUACUAUUACUACAUUAAUUAUAGUGUUUUAUUAUACAUGAAAGAACUCUUCAACAAAAAUUGGUGGUUCUAAUUUUUAUCACUAAAUUGAUUAUUAAGGCCUUAGCAUGAGCAUGAGUGUCUCUUGUAAAGUUAAUGGAGCAUAAGAGGUUGAAAAGUUGCAUUGUCCACUUCUUCUAUUGGAUCCUGCUUCCUGUAUUUGUUAUGACCUGUUGUGUCUCAAUUCAAUGACAUUUUAACAAUAAGUAUAAAUCUCUCCUUUACAGCAGAGUAGGCCUAUCAUAAAAUUAGAAUACCUCCCUAAGUUGAUCCAUUGGUGUAGUCAGGUAUAGGGGCCUGGGUAAAUGCAAUUGAAAUGCAUGGAUGAAUCCACCAGGUAAACACCUGAAAGAAGAAUUCAAAACAAGCUCCUCCAAACUAAGCUAUGAGGCCAUGUUUCCUUGUGGAUUAGAAUGAUGAUUGAUGGCCAUUCAAUAAUUAAAGAAUAAUACCUUUCUCUAAAAUUCAUAAUAUACUUUGUCAACAUUGCAUUACUUUGAAAAUCUGUAGGAUUUUUUAAUAAAGCCUAUUCUUGAUUUUUACUGCCGGUAAGGAGAACACUAACAUAUAACAAAAUUUCAAUAGGCCUACAUGAUGUAGAAGGAGUUUGAUAUUGAAACAUGUAGCAGUCCAUAUUAUUUUUAAUCAAUUUAACAAACCAGUAAUUGCUGCUAAAUGUUUUUGAGUGCAAUGAUGCAAAGUCCACUAUUCUUAAUAUUUUAUAUUUAAAACUAUUAUUACUAUGUUUUGUUUUUUUUUCAAAUUCAGUGUAUUUUAUUUUUAUUAACCAAGAAGUGUUAUGACCAUUUCAUCAGCUGAACUAUUAUAGGAAUACAAUUUAUAUGAAUGGUGAAGAGCAUUUUAUCUGGACAAAAUAAUACUUAAUUGCCAUAUUUUGAAACUUCUUGCAGAAGUACAGCAAUAUCUAAUUGUUAACUGUAGUUAUUUUAAGAAAUAUGUAAAAAAAAGAUUUGGUGAAAUUUACCCGUGUUGGUAUUUUGCCUUUAAGCAGGUGGAUAAUGGCGCAAUUUGUUUUCAGUAUUUUAGAAUGUACAGUUUGUAAUGUGCAUGUCUGUAAAGAUAACCUAAAUAUACUAUUGUUUUGCUGUGCUCUAUGAAAGUAAUAGCUAGGUGUUUACUCUACAUAAUUAUAUCCAUUAAUAAAUAAUCUAUUUUGUGUUGACACCAUUUAGGAUAAGAUUAACUGAUUAAAAUUGAAAAACCUGAAGUUA